AUGUCGUCCGAUCAAGAAAUGGUCGAAGUUCCCGACGAGCAAAAAGAAGAGGUAGAUGAAGAUCUUGUUGAAGUUGCAGAAGAAGAAGAGCUCCUGAAUGUGCCGAAGAGGAAGAAAAUGGAAAUUCUUGACAAGGAAGCAUUUGCGCAGGACCCCACCAAUCUGACAUUAAUAUUACACGAAGAGGAUCAUACCAUCGGAAACUCGAUUAAGCACAUUCUCACAAGAAUGUAACUCAAUUUUUAAAAAUUAUAUAUUGCCGUCGCAAAAAGUCGAGAAUCUUGAAGAGAAAGUGGGCUCAUUUUUCUCAUGCUAAUUCAAAUUUGAAUUUAAACUGAAAAUACUGUAGUAUGGAUAACCUGCGAAUCAAAUGCUCGUGUUUUUUGCGAUUGCAAGUCGCCAAUAAGUAAUAUUCAAUAUUUUUUUAGGGAUGAAGUUGAAUUUUGUGGCUACAACGUGCCGCAUCCGCUAGAAGACAAAAUUCUACUUCGUGUGCAAACGAGGAAUGACACAAACGCUCUUGAAGUUCUUGUUAAGGCGUUCGCGGACCUCGAGACGGUGUUCUCAACGAUCCGAACGAAAUUCGAAGCGGCCUAUGAGACAUCGAGAGCCUAA